GAAAAAAAAAAUAGCCCCCUCCCUCUCUUUCUCUCUCUAAAAUCCCAGAGAGAGAAAGCUCGCCGGCCGGUAAAAAUGGUGGAAAAGCGAUUUGCCUUGCUGCUAUGUGCAGAGGAUUCAGACUACGUCAAAAAGAAAUACGGAGGGUAUUUUGGGGUUUUCCUCAGAAUGUUGGGCGAAGAAGGCGAAAUUUGGGACUCUUAUAGAGUCGCCGCCGGUCACUUCCCCGACGACGCCGAUAUCGGAAUCUACGACGGGUUCGUCGUCACCGGUAGUUGCAGCGACGCCCAUUCUAAUGAUCCUUGGAUCUGUCAGCUUCUUCUUUUGUUAAAGAAGUUGAAUGCCUUGAAGAAAAAGGUCCUCGGAAUUUGCUUCGGCCACCAGGUUUUGUGCCGUGCAUUGGGGGGAAAGACUGGGAGGGCCCACUCAGGCUGGGACAUUGGAAUCACGACCAUACACGUUUCGCAAUCCACAAAAGCCUUCUCAUCUUUAAAGAUCCCAUCAACGUUAUCGGUGAUCGAAUGCCACCGAGAUGAGGUCCGGGAGCUUCCAUCAAAGGCUGAAGUGAUCGGAUGGUCAGAAAAGACUGGGAUCGAAAUGUUCAAGUAUGGGGACCACAUGAUGGGCAUCCAGGGCCAUCCUGAGUACACCAUGGACAUUCUUUUGCACCUCAUUGACCGUCUUGUCCAACAUAAUUUGAUCAUGGAAACAUAUGGCAAGGAGUUGAAGGUUAAAGUGGAAAAAGGAGAGCCAAAUAGAGAGGCAUGAAGAAGCUGUGCAUCAACUUUCUCAAAGGAACAUCUCAUGAUAAAUAAUAAUUAUAAUAUUAUAACAUUUUAGAUAAAUUAAAGAGAUAGAGAGAGAGAGAGAGGAGAGUAGAGAGAAUAUGUAUAUAAGAAAUAUACAUGAAGAAAUCCAAAUGAAGCAGAUUGAAUAAUAGGAAGGAGGCAGGAAAAUAAUUUCUUUCAACUUAGGGAUGAAUUUGUAAUUUUCUUUUUCUUUUUCUUUAGGGUUUAAAGAUUAAAUGGUGGGUCUCUAAGUUAAAACUUGUUUUAGGGUUUUUAUUUCCAAUUGUCAAACUUAUCAUGAUCCAUUUUGUUAAAUGGGAGGUUCAUUUUUCACCCAUAUCCUUUGGCAAUGUUAUACUUUCCUUC